AUGAACGCGUUUCGCGCCCAGCUCGAUCGCGAGCGAGCCUUAAUGGAAAAAGAGGUGCUCGAACAAUACGCACGGCUUGGGCGAAAACUGCUGCUACAAGAGCACGAUAAUCGCACCGCGUUGCUCACGAAAGAACGGGUGAAGUUCGCGCUGAUCGAGUGGGAGUUCACGGAGGAGUUGACGAUGGUGGCGGGGCGGCGAUUGAGGGAGCGUUGCUUAGAGGAGGAACAUCGAGGGCGAGUCGAGGUUGAUGCGGCCGAAGAGCUCGCCCGCGAGGGGCUGAUCAAAACCCAUCGCCAGCAGCUCGAGGAAGUUGCUGAAAACGGACGUGAGCGUAGCAGUUGA